GGGCUGGCACAAUGUGGGCGCAGGCUCCUCUGGAAGCAUGCACCCAGUCACGGGUUGGGACGUGUGUGCCAAUGAAUGUGCCUUUGGAUGUAUGUGGGUACGUGCUGGUGUCUGGGGGGGUCUCAUGCCUGUGCACAAGAAUGCCGGGUGGGUGUCAGGCCUCCUCUGGGUCCCUGUGCAGCCAGCAGCUGCCGGAUGGGUCCCGGACAAGCCCCCCACUUGCUCCUCCUGAGUCCUGGGGCCCAGGAGGAUACCCCCACCCCGCCCCCGAGUCCAGGGACUGGGCUGGGAGGUGAGGUGGGCGGUGGCACCAGGCAGCACAGCUGUGUGGCUCCCAGGGCUGGGUGAUCGAUGGCCCCAGCACAGCCGUCUCUGUCUCCCCAGCACACAUGCCCAUUUGUCAUCUGUAUCUUGGGGGGCUGGGGGCUGGGGGCUGCCUCUGCACCCACCACUACGUCCUGGGAGCCCUUUCCUGGUCCCAGCCCCCUCCUCCCAGCCCCUCACCCCUUUUGGAGCCCCAUCCCCUCCCGGAUGUAGACACCCCAAACUGCUCCCCUCAUCUCUGCUCACCCUGCCUCCCAUGUCCCGGCCUGGCCUGUGCUAACCCCUCUCAGAGGCCUCCUCCCGUGGGCAGCCUUCUCUGCCUCCCUGGCUGUCCCCGUAGUGGGGGUGCUCACCCGGUGUUGGGGAGCAGCAGACAUGCCUGCCUGCCAUGUGCAGAGCCCGAAGGCCGGCAGGGAGAGCAGCCUGCUCUCUGCGGCUGCCCGGCUGCCCCAGCCCCUGCUUACCCCACGGGCCCUCCCUGAGCCCUGGGAGCAGCAGGAGUGUGUCCGUCCGCAUCCAUGAGAGUGUCUGUGACCAUGUGUGCAGUGUGCAUGUAUGCAUGUGUGUGUGGGCACAUUGCACCUGAAUGUGUCUGAGUAUCUGCUCACGCCCCGCCUGCGCUGUGAGUGCAUUCACAUGCAGGUACCAUGUCCACACUGAGUGUGGUGUGAGUCUUGUGUGUGCUUGUGCCCAGAAUUUCGGAGGUCCACUCUCUUCCCACUUGGCCCAGCGGUGCAGAGGCUGUCCCUCGGGCACUGAGAGCUCGGCUAGAGCCUCACACACAGUGCGCCACACUCCCCUCACGCCCCGCCAGGCACACGCCAGGGUGUGGGCAGCCCAGGUGGCAGCCCAGAUGGAGGGCAGGACGGCUCGGAGGGGACACGCAGGGCAUGGGGGGAGGAAGAGGUCUUGGCCGAGCUCGGCCAUGCAGGCUCGGCUGAUGCCUGCCCGCAGCCACCCAGAUGGAGCCCGGCUGAGCAGGUGGCUGUGCCGUGGGGCCGUGCUGUGAUGUCCACGCCCCCCAGCCUGGCCUCCGCCGCGUGAGGCUGACCCCCUCGGAAAGCUCGAGUGCCCGGCAGAAGCACACACUCAUGCGUGUGCACACAGAGGCUCAGAGCCUUCUGCCGGCUUCUUGUCUCGGUGCUUUUCUCUCAGCUUCCCGGCACAGGCAGGGGGUCUGUGGAGGAGUGGGACAAGGAAGAGCUGAUGCCCGCCCCCCCCCCCGCAGGACCAGGCCUGGCCAUACUUAGCUCCUUCCAGUCACUCACCAGUGCCCGCUGGGCAAACAGAAACAGGUGGCCAUGGUGCCGCGGCCGGCCCGCUAGCAGGCUGCCAUGUCCCGAGAGGUGGCAGGCUCAUGCCGCCUGGGCUCCGGGGCGCGGGCGCGGGCACGGAAGCCCAAGAAGCCACACUACAUCCCGCGGCCCUGGGGCAAGCCCUACAAUUACAAGUGCUUCCAGUGCCCGUUCACCUGCCUCGAGAAGUCGCACCUGUACAACCACAUGAAGUACAGCCUCUGCAAGGACUCCCUCUCGCUGCUGCUGGACUCCCCAGACUGGGCAUGCCGCCGUGCCCCGGCCACGCCCCGGCCGCUGGAGCCCGCCACGGACUGCCCCCCUGACCCCACAGACCCGGGCAGGCGGCCCCGAGCAGCUCGGCUCCCAGACGCUCCCGCCACGCCCGACCUCGUUGUCACUGACCUUCUCUCCCUGCACCGCUGUGUCGGGAGCCCCAAGCCAGAGGCUGAGGGGUCCCCAGGGACACCUCCCCCUGCAGCCAAGGAUGCCCACAAGGGUGUGGGCCUUGGAGGGCUGCUGGCCGAGUCCUGGAAGCCAGGGCUGGGCAGGGGCCCCAGGAGCAUGGCUGUGGCAGACGCAGCCACAGUGGGUCCGGAGAGCAGCGUCCCCUGCUACCCUCCGCCCGCCUCCAGCGAGCUCCCUGAGGCCCAGAGCCUGCAGCUGUCCCUGCUGGGCGUCAACUACCCUCUCGGCCCCAGCCUCUUUUCCUACCUGGGGCCCUCCCUGGCCACAGCGGCCCACAUGCCCUUCCUGGGCUCAGCCAGCCCCCUGCUCCCCCCAGCCUCGGCCUUCCCCGCCCUGCAGCCCCUAGAGCGCCCCACCCCUCUCCCCCGCCUCUAUUACCCUCUGCUCCUGGAGCACAGCCUGGGGCUGCCGGCAGGCAAGGCUGCCGCCCCUGCCAAGGCUCCUGCUCCCCCCAAGGGACCCCCCGGGACUCUGGCCCCCGGGCUGUUAAAAGUGCCGAUGCCUGGGCUGGGGGGGCCCUGGGCCUGUGGUGCCCCCAGGGGCCCAGGGCAGGAGGGAGGGCUGGAGCUGGCUGCCCAGAGUGACCCCAAGAGGAAGCUGCCCCCAGGGAGCAGGCUGGAGCCGCCGAAGGCUCCCUCCAGCUCGGCCAGCUUUGGUUCCCAGAGCAGCCUGCGGAAUGGCCCCUCGGUGAUUCUCUGGCCGGAGGACAAAGAGCCAGGCGCCCCGGACAUCCCGCUGCCCCAGCAGCCGCCGGGCCUGGUGCUGGGGGGCCCUGGGCACGUGUGUGAGGACCUGACCCGGGCUCUCGGCGACUAUGCUAGGGUGGAGCAGCGCCUGGGGCAGCUGGCACCUGCCAGGGGCCUGGCCCCGCGGCCUCUGCGGGAGCAACUGGGCAAGAUCCGCAGGGAGCUGCUCACCAUCCGCCAGGUGCUGGAGCAGGCCGCGCGGCCCCCAGACAUGCCGCUGGACCUCUCGGUGAAGCGGACACCGCCCAAGGUGCCCGAGGCGUCCUCGGGGCCCUGGGAGCAACCGGAGCCGGGUUCUGUAUUGGCCCAGGGAACCCCUGAGCCAGCCAGGAUGCUGGGCCCCGCGGGGGCGGAGCCUUUCUCUGGCCAUACCACCAAGUGUGAGGCUGACUCCAGUGUCCCGCCCCCGGGGCUCCCCCUCCCAGCCCCCGAUGACCCUGUCAUUCCCGGCAGUAGCUGGGGCCCCCGGGGCAGGGUGGGGGGCUCCUGGCCUCCGGAGGCUGCCUCUGGCCUGCAGAGCUCCCCAGGGGCCGAGGUCUGACCACAGUUCCGAACAGACAGAGCCCCUUCCGCAACCCCAUGCCCACCGCCUGGCACCCUGCCGGCCUCCCUCCACCCCGGGGCUGAGACCCGGGGCCUGCCCAGCAUGCCCGAAAACAUCCCCCCGCCACCACCACGGCCGAGGCCUGUCCCUGGGGCCACACAGGGACAGCAGAGAGUCACGGCUUCUUCUUGACCACAGCUGUGGACAUUAAAAUAGAAACCGCCUUCACA